GAAACUUUUUUACACCUACAAACAAACAAAAAAUUCCUCCAUUUACACGUUAACAAAAAAACUAUAAAUAAAGCAAAUACAAAUAAAAAUACACAAACAAGAACAAGCAAAAAAAAAAAAAGAUUUAGAGAAGUAAAAAAAUGGGAGAAAUUAUUUCACCAGGAUUUAGAUUUUAUCCAACAGAAGAAGAAUUAAUAUCAUUUUAUUUGCAUAAAAAGCUUGAAGGAAAAACACCAAAGCUUGAUAGAGUAAUACCAGUUGUUACUAUUUAUGAUCUUGAUCCUUGGCAUCUUCCAAACUGUCAUGGGGAAUUGUGCAUGGGAGACAGGGAACAAUGGUUUUUCUUUGUACCAAGACAAGAAAGAGAAGCAAGAGGAGGAAGACCAUGUAGGACAACUACAUCUGGUUAUUGGAAAGCAACUGGUUCUCCAAGUUAUGUUUAUUCAACAAAUAGCAAAGUUAUUGGUGUGAAAAAAAGUAUGGUAUUUUAUAAAGGGAAAGCACCUACCGGGGGAAAAACUAAGUGGAAAAUGAAUGAAUAUAGAGCUAUUCAAGAAGAAAAUAAUUCUACCACAUCUUCAACCUUUUCUAUUCCUAAGUUAAGGCACGAAAUGAGCUUAUGCCGAGUUUACGUCAUAUCUGGAAGCUUUCGAGCAUUCGAUCGGAGGCCAGUUGCACCAGUGAUCACAACAAGUGAACCAUCAAAAUCAGUUAUAAAAGAAAAUGUCAACAAAAUGGAGGCAACAAGUUCACUUGAUGAAGAAAGUUUGGCUAUACAAGAACAAGAUUAUCUUAAUUAUUUUCAAGGUGAUCAAAACCCUAAUGUUAAUGAAGCAAUUAACAAGAGGGUUAAAAGUGAUCUUCAUGAUGUGCCUUUUAGUGGUUGGGAAUUGUUCGAUGGUCGAUAUCUGCUUUGAGGUCCUGGUUAAUUCAGAUUCGCACGUAUAAAGUGCAUUAAAGAAAAUAUUAUAAACUAUUAGAGUAGAGAGUCCUGACUAUCCUGGUUUAACUAUUAAUGGUAAAAAUUAAUUUGUACUUCAUCAUAGAAGUUCAUUGUGAAAUCAAACAUUUAUAUGUAUUUGUAACUCUAAAUAAGUAAUAUAAUAUUUGGUUACUUUUUGAAA